CAGAAGUCUCCGGCGGCGGCGCAAGGGGAGAGCAGCACGAGUGAUGAUAAGCAAAAGAGAAUGAUGCAUAGAGACAUUGAAAGGCAAAGAAGGCAAGAAAUGGCCAGCCUUUAUGCUUCUCUCCGCAGUCAACUCCCUUUAGAAUACAUCAAGGGAAAACGUUCAGCAUCUGAUCAUGUUUUGGAGGCAGUGAAGUACAUUGAACAUAAGCACAAGAUCAUCCGUGAGCUGGAAGAAAAGAGGGACAGAUUGAAGAGACUAAAAAGUGUUGUUUUUAAAGGCGAAGAUGAACCCAUAGCUGUCUUACCAGCAAUGGUUACAGUCCAGCCAUGCUUUGCUAAUUAUGGGGUUGAGAUCUUAAUAAACUCUGGGUCUCCCAAGCAAGGGUUUCGGGUUUCGAGGGCGCUUUCCCUACUGGCCAAACAAGGCCUUAAUGUCAUUAGCUGUGUAUGCUCAAGAGUUGAGGAUAGAAUGCUCCACACCAUUAGAGCUGAG